UUCCCGGGGCGCAGCACCCAGGUGCGCCUGAGCUCAGUGCGCCCCGGCGGCUUCGGUAGCAGCAGCAGCAGCCUCUACGGCCUGGGCGCCUCGCGGCCGCGCGUGGCCGUGCGCUCAUCCUACGGGGGCCCCGUGGGCGCCGGCAUCCGCGAGGUCACCAUCAAUCAGAGCCUGCUGACCCCGCUGCAGGUGGACAUCGACCCCUCCAUCCAGCAGGUGCGCCAGGAGGAGCGCGAGCAGAUCAAGACCCUCAACAACAAGUUCGCCUCCUUCAUCGACAAGGUGCGCUUCCUGGAGCAGCAGAACAAACUGCUGGAGACCAAGUGGGCGCUGCUGCAGGGGCAGAAGUCAACCAAGAGCAGCCGCCUCCCAGGCAUCUUUGAGGCCCACAUUGCCGGCCUGCGGAAGCAGCUUGAGACACUGCAGCUGGAUGGGGGCCGCCUGGAGGUGGAGCUUCGGAACACGCAGGACGUUGUGGAAGACUUCAAGAAUAAGUACGAAGAUGAAAUUAACCGUCGCACGGCUGCCGAGAAUGAGUUCGUGGUGUUGAAGAAGGAUGUAGACGUUGCCUACAUGAACAAGGUGGAAUUGGAGGCCAAGGUGGAUGCCUUGAAUGACGAGAUCAACUUCCUCAGGACUCUCUAUGAGGAGGAGUUCAAAGAGCUGCAGUCUGAGAUCUCAGACACGUCUGUGGUCCUGUCCAUGGACAACAGCCGCUCCCUGGACCUGGAUGGCAUCAUUGCUGAGGUCAAGGCCCAGUAUGAGGAGAUCGCCAACCGCAGCCGGGCGGAGGCUGAGGCCAUGUACCAGACCAAGUUUGAGACCCUCCAGGCCCAGGCUGGGAAGCACGGGGAUGAACUUCGGAAUACCCGAAAUGAGAUUGCGGAGAUGAACCGGGCCGUCCAGAGGCUGCAGGCGGAGAUCGACAGCAUCAAGAACCAGCGUGCCAAGUUGGAGGCUGCCAUCGCUGAGGCUGAGGAGCGUGGGGAGCUGGCACUCAAGGAUGCACGCACCAAGCAGGAAGAGCUGGAGGCUGCCCUGCAACGAGCUAAGCAGGACAUGGCCCGGCAGCUCCGGGAGUACCAGGAGCUGAUGAAUAUCAAGCUGGCCCUGGACAUCGAGAUUGCCACCUACCGCAAGCUGCUGGAGGGCGAGGAGAGCAGGUUGACCGGAGAUGGAGUGGGAGCCGUGAACAUCUCUGUGGUGAAUUCCACUGGCGGUGCUGGCAGUCGGCUGACCUUCGGAGGAACCAUGGGCAGCAAUGCCCUGAGAUUCUCCAGUGGCGGAGGGCCCGGGGCCCUCAAGACCUACUCCAUUAGGACCACAUCUGCUACUGGCAGGAGCACCCUCAACUGAGCCCCGGGUGUGGGAGACCCUUACCCUGACCCCAUAGUUACAAGACAAGUCCCAUCCCUGGUCCCAAGACUGCAAGGCAGUCUGAAAAAUGAUGUCAGAUUAGCUUCCAAUAAAGUAGCCUCUUUCUGAGGCCUGGGCCAGCCCCAGCUCAGC